GUCAGGUUUGAAACGCGGGGCGGCGGCGCGGCGUCAUGGCGGACAGCGAGGAGGAGCGGUACCGGCGGCUGGUGAUCGACGCCAAGGAGGCAGCAGGCAGCGGGGACCUGGAGCUGGCCCUGCAGCUGUUCCGGCAGGCGGCCGCCAUCCGCCCCAGUGAGAAGCUGCGGGGCCGCAUGCAACGACUGGAGGCAGCGUUGGCAGAGCUGGCGGCCACAGCAGAGGAGGAAGACGAUGACGGCAACUUUGUGGAUGUGUGCGGCAGCGGCCUGCUGCUCUACGGGGAGAUGCACGGGAAGCUUUUCCAGCACCAGCGGGAGGGAGUUGCCUUCCUGUACCGCCUGCACCGGGAGGGUCGACCUGGAGGGAUCCUGGCUGAUGAUAUGGGCCUGGGAAAGACCAUCCAGAUCAUCGCCUUCCUCUCAGGCAUGUUUGACAGCGAGCUCAUCAGGCACGUCCUGCUCAUCAUGCCCACCACCCUGAUCAGCAGCUGGCUGGCUGAGUUUGCUCGCUGGACCCCUGGUCUGCGUGUCAAGGAGUUCCAUGGCACGAGCAAGACAGAGCGCACCAGGAACCUGGAGAAGAUCCAGAGGAAGAAUGGCACUGUCAUCACAAGCUACCAGAUGCUCGUUAACAACUGGAAGCAACUUGCCAGCUGCCACGGGCAGGACUUUAUCUGGGACUACAUCAUCCUUGACGAAGCACACAAAAUCAAGUGCCCGUCUAACAAAACAACAAAGUGUGUGUAUGCAAUUCCUGCCAAGCAUCGUCUCCUCCUCACAGGCACGCCGCUGCAGAACAACCUGCAGGAAAUGUGGUCCUUGUUUGACUUUGCAUGCCAGGGUUCUCUCUUAGGAACAGCUAAAACGUUUAGAAUGGAGUACGAGAAUCCUAUUACUAGGGCCAGGGAGAAGGAUGCAACUGCAGGCGAGAAAGCGCUGGGACUUAAGAUAUCUGAGAACCUAAUGACAAUUAUAAAGCCGUAUUUCCUCAGAAGGACUAAAGAUGAUAUUAAAAAAAAUCACGCUGAGAAAUCAGACACUCCUCUUCCUGAGGAUCCACGUGAGCCCAGUGCCCCUGUCAUGCCAUCUCUUACUAGGAAAAAUGACUUUGUUGUGUGGGUGUACUUGGCACCAGUGCAGGAAAAAAUCUACAGGAACUUUCUCUGUCUAGAUCACGUGAAAGAAUUGCUGACAACAACCCGAUCACCUUUGGCUGAGCUGACUGUCUUGAAGAAGCUGUGUGAUCAUCCCAGGCUUCUGUCUGCAAGAGCAUGUACCCAGCUGGACUUAGAUGGACAGGAGCACUUGGAGCAGGAUCACGGGAGUGAAGCAGCUGUACUUUCAGGUGCCAACAAAAUAGAUCAUCUGUCUGAUGAGACCCUGAUCCAGGAGUCUGGGAAAAUGCUAUUUCUUUUAGGACUCUUAGAGAGACUGCGGGAGGAGGGGCACCGAACGCUGGUGUUCUCACAGUCGAGGAAAAUGCUGGAUAUCAUCGAGCGAGUUUUGUCUAGCAGACGAUUUAAGAUCAUGCGCAUUGAUGGAACAGUGAGCCACCUAACAGAACGGGAGAAGCGCAUCAGUGCCUUCCAGAGUAACAGAGACUACUCUGUGUUUCUGCUGACAACACAGGUUGGUGGCGUUGGUAUCACCUUAACAGCAGCCAACCGAGUGGUGAUCUUUGAUCCCAGCUGGAAUCCAGCUACAGAUGCUCAGGCUGUAGAUAGAGCUUAUAGGAUUGGGCAGAAAGAGAACGUGGUGAUUUACAGGCUAAUUACCUGUGGUACAGUGGAAGAGAAAAUAUAUAGGCGGCAAGUAUUUAAGGAUUCAUUAAUAAGACAGACUACAGGUGACAAAAAGAACCCAUUCAGGUAUUUCUCCAAACAGGAACUAAGGGAGCUUUUCACAUUAGAAGAUACACGAACAUCCACAACUCAGAUCCAGCUGCAGUCUUUGCAUGCCACCCAAAGACAGACUGAUGUGCAGCUGGAUGAGCACAUUGCUUAUUUGCACUCUCUGGAAAUGUUUGGCAUAUCCGAUCAUGACUUAAUAUUUACAAGGGAAGUGAGCCACGAGGAGCAGGCUGAGAGUGAGGAAGCCCAUCAGUACAUCCGACAGAGGGUACAGAAGGCCCACGAGCUGGUUCAGUUAGAGUCUCAGCUUAGAGAUGUGAGGAUGGAAGGGAUCCGAAAUGCUGCUGAGGAGAUGUGGUCAAGACCACCAGAACUGGCUUCCCAGUCAAAGAGAUCUCCUGGGUUGAACAAUAUCAAUAACUUUGUUUCACCGCCAGCAGCCGACAAAGGUGAAAAUGACAAAGUUAUUGAUCUUACAGAGGACAUGGAAGUCCAGGUUCUUGAUGUCAGCUCUAAGAUGACAAAUCUGACUAUUGAGUUAGGUGAAGAGAAACUGGCACAAGAGACAUCUGGUAUGGACUUAGAGCUAGUUACUAGCAGCAAGAAAAUGGAACAGCCCAAUAUACAAGAAUCUGAACAAAAUCUGGACUUGAACAGUGUACCACUGUCACCUGGACUUGGUCCACUUGAUAAAGAGACUCAAAUUCUUAAACAGAAACGAUGUUCUCUUUAUCACAUAAAUUCAGAUAGCUUGACUGAGGCUGGGAAUGGCCUGUCUGAGCCUUCUCAGCAUUCUUCUAACCAAUCUGUUAUGGCUGAUGAUCUCAAAAGGUUACGAGAUACAGAAAUGGCAGAUCAGGCACUUGACUCAUUUGCUGUCUCAGACACAGAGAAGAAUGAUGUUUCUGAGCUAGCUUUGUCUGCCCCCCCACCAGAUUUAUCAGAUGUUUUACCAGAAGUCCAUGCUGAGGUCCAGAAAUAUCAUGUGGUGGAAACCAGUUUGGAGGAUAUGUCUGUGCCUUCUCUCCAGGAUCAAGUUGACUUCAAUCUGGUCCUGGAAGAGUCUGAAGGUGGACCGCAGGAUGCCUCAAAUGGGGAGAGAUCAAUGGAGCACCCAGAAGAUGAGGACUUCCAACUAAAAGCAGAAAGUCUGUGUAAAUCACCAGCAAAAACCUGCUUAAGUGAGAAUGGCAACUCUGGAAACCCCUGUCACACAGCUGAAGAAGAUCCAAAUAAUUCUUUGCAAGGGAGUGAAGCGUCAGAGGAAGGCAGCGCCGUCCUCGUUUCAGGUAGAAAGAAGCACAAGAGAAGGAUUGUUUCAGAUAGUGAGGACGAGAACUGUUUUGUUAUGAACUUGGAGGAAGAGCAGUUUGAUAAAAGGUCCUCUCCCCUGAACAGCCCUCUGCAUCAAUUUAUAGAAGGAAUUAGUGCAUCUACUCCUAAGGAUGGCAGAAGUAUAGCAAAAGCCAUCUUUUCUCCCAAAUUAACUAACAGCAGUAACAGGUCUACAGCUUCCAGGAGAUCUCUCAUCAACAAGGUGGUGGAUGAAGUUGAGGAUAUUGGUGAAAUCAUGGGAAGCACAGAUGAAGAAGAAAACAGCGAUGAGGAGCAAGAAGGCUUUGCAGAAGAAGAAGCAGAAGAGUGUAGUGGGGAGUCUGCUGAGCCUGAAGAAGAACCUGCUGGAGAAACACUUAAUUCAACUGGAGAGUCCUUCCGUACAGAGGGCACGCAGUCUGAAGAGGAGACCGACUCAUCUCAGGAGGAAUCCACUGGUGAUGCAGAGCUUCAGUCAGGUGAGCAGCUGGAGUACUGCACCCAGGAAAGCGUCCCUGUCGAUCAGAGUUUCUCUGCCCCCUCAGGUAAUUACAGUACCUUGGUGGACAGAGGGAAGAACCUGAAGGACAAUGGAAAACUACAAGAGGCACUGAACUGUUUCCUGCAAGCUCUUGACAUAAAAAGUGGAGAUCCUGAAAUUAUGCUUAUGACUCUAAACUUGUAUAGACAGCUAGCCCAGAAAUGAAACGUAAACCUUUGAACAGUCUUAUGAAAUAUGUGUACCUCUGUUAAGUAGUUUAACUUUUUUCACAAAAUACUUGUCUGAACUACAGUGAUUGUUUUUUUAACUUAAGACUCAUGGCUGCAAUUUAUAUUUCUUUCAUGUUGUGAAACUUUCAGUCGUGCUUAGUGAGCAAAUCCAGCAACUCCUCCUGUCGUGUAAGAAAGUCACAUUUUAGGUGCUGGGAAAGGGGUUUCACUGUGGACUCAGUUCACUAAGACGAAAGUUCACGUUCCUGUUUACUUAAUUAAAAUGCAUAUCUUUAUACCCAAAUGCAGCUCUGGAUUUGUGUUUUCAGCCUUCAGUUUCUCUUCUGGCAGGAGAGAAUCUCACAAAGAUGAAGGUGUGGUUCCACAGCAGCUUACUGCAGUCUAAAUUCCAAAUGCUGCAGUCCCUCCCCUUCUCAAUGUAAAAUAAAGUCCACUUCCCUACCUGAACCAUGCCCUGCUUUUUGAGCACACCGAGUGCUUGGUGUAAAGCAGAGAACAGAACUGCCACCACCUGGAUUUAUCUGGCCUGAGAAUGCACAUCCUGGGGUGGGGGGGAGAUGGCGUGCUGGCCUCCAUUACUUGGAAGAUUUAUAGCAGCAAACACCUACCUGGUGUCAGGUCUAGCACCAAAGCACAGCAUCACAGAAAACCUUAUGCUCCAACUCCUGCCAUCCCACUAUUGCUGCAGAAGAGUUACGUAGCUGGGAGAUUGCAGGAGGACUGGAAAUAGCUGUUAGAGCUUGACUGCUGCAAGGUGCUGAACGUUCUGAACCUUUGGGUAUUUCUGGAGGAGUCAAGGGCUUCACAGGUGGCUCUGGUCUGACCCUGCAGUCUCCCUCUCAUCUUUCCCUCUGAGCAGUACCAUCACAGCCUGCUCUUGCACAGAGGCAGCAGGAAAACACAACAGCUUUAAAGUUUUGCGCUGCUUUUCCUCUGGUGAGGUGGCCCUCUCACUCUCUUGCCACAUUUGACUGAGCUGUGGAAAUUUUUUUAAUGAGGUACUAUCAGCACAAUGAACCUGAAAUGAGUUCCUAGUGCAGUUCAAGCUUAAAGUUACAAGAACCUCACCCUGGCUUUCAGCAAUGCCUUGCUAGCCUCACUUCCCCCUCUGCCACCACAAUGAGUUAAAUUUGGCCUGGGUAUGGGAAUUUGAGUUCUUUGUACUAGAUGACAUGCCAAAUGCAAACAGGAGAUGUACCAAUGUGCUUUUGCUAAUAGGUGUAGAACAAAGCCCUGGUAGCCUGGAAACAAGUAGUUUAUUAAUAAAGCAUCACUUAAAUGGGGCUGCAUCUGCUCUCAUGCUGUAAAAAGGCCUGUCUGCCUUACAUAACAAAAUAUUAAUGAGCUAGAGCUUUGCAAACGCUGGUUGGCUCGUACAGACCUUCUGUUCUCUCAACAAAAUGAAACAAAUGUCCCCUAAAGCAGAGCAGGAGAAAAACCUGACCUGAUUUCAGCCUCACCUCUUCAUUGUUUCUGAUGGUGGGAAGACCUGUUGUUCUAUUUUUUGUCCUCAGCCCUCAGACACACCAGUAUGCUCACCAGCAGCAAAGACAGCACCAGUCUGUCUUUCAGCAGACAGAAGAUGGGUGCAGUGGGAUGUUUAUUACCGAGAUGCCAGAGGUAGGGAUCUCAUUCACAUCAGUCACACUGUCAUUUAUCCAGUUUCACCAGAAGGACAAGGUGCACCUUACUAAGUUUUAGGCACGUACUUCAUGCCUAGCAGUAGGUGAACUGAGGGAGCAACAGGCAUUUAGUGGCCUUCCUCUAGCUUUUUCUUCUCUCAUUCAAGCCUAAGUUACACAACUUCUUCCUUGAGCUUUGAGUGGAUAAGGUACAGAUGAUUUUGUAUUCGGAGGGGCUACUCUUACACCUUCCCCCUUCCUCCUACUGCUUUGUGCCUCCAGCCUUGGUAAAGGUUGCUGACUGAAAGAACAAGGAGCCUGCCCACAGCAGCAACCCUGAGCCCUAGCUGUAGCAUUAGCUGGCCUCUAGCAAUGGGAGGCUCUUCCCACGUUAAGUCUGAGCUCUGGAGCUGAACCUGUAGCAUCUGAGCUGCCUGCAUCCUUGCUGGUGAGGAUAAAAGCAAAUGCUCUAGGGAACCCCUUACCCUUUCUAGGUUGACUGUAUUUGCAGCCUGAGCUUUCACAGCUGUACAUCAUCAUCUCUGUAGCAGGAAAAGCAAGGGGCUGGCCUACAAGCUGAUGCAGAUUUCAAUACCUACACGCAACCUUUACCUUUUUCAGGGAGCA